AUGAUUCUUACAGUAUCUCUCUCAUUCUUUUCUUUCGUUACUUCCUUUUCUUCAGUCUUAUUUGUAUCUUUCUAUUUCUUUCAUUUUCUUUCUUUGUGGAUUUCGCCUUAUUUUUUUGCCUUCCUUUUCUUCCUUCUCGAACAUGAUGCAUUCUGUCCAUCCUUUCAUUCAGUUGUUUUACCACCUUUCUCUCAAUUGAUCUAUCUAUCUAUCUAUCUAUCUAUCUAUCUAUCUAUCUAUCUAUCUAAAAGUUUUCUUAUUUAUGACUGUUUAUCUAUCUAUCUAUCUAUCUAUCUAUCUAUCUAUCUAUCUAUCUAUCUAUCUAAAAGUUUUCUUAUUUAUGUCUGUUUAUCUAUCUAUCUAUCUAUCUAUCUAUCUAUCUAUCUAUCUAUCUAUCUAUCUAUCCCCCCACACACGCAUAUAUAUAUAUAUAUAUAUAUAUAUAUAUAUAUAUAUAUGUAUAAAAAUCUUUUUCUUUUGUCCGUCUCUUUCUCUUCCCCCCCUCUCUCUCUCUCUUUCUCUCUUUCUCUCUCUCUCUCUCUUAAUGUGUAUUUGGACAGCAAUCAAUUUGACAAGCACCCACAUCUAUCUAUCUAUCUAUCUAUCUAUCUAUCUAUUAAUGCAUUUAUCUCUCUAUAUAUCUAUCUGCCUAACUCUCUCAGUCCGUUCAUGCAUCUAUCUAUCUAUCUAUCUAUCUAUCUAUCUAUCUAUCUAUCUAUCUAUCUAUUACAAGACAAUUCUGUUUUUCUUUCUUUCUUUCUUUCAUAUUUACUGAUUUAUUUCCUUUUUAAUUCGGUUUUUCUCAUCGCUCUCACAACAUUUAUUAUCAGUAGCGCCCCACAUCUAUCUAUCUAUCUAUCUAUCUAUCUAUCUAUCUAUCUAUCUAUCUAUCUAUCUAUCUAUCUAUGUCUGUUGAUUAUCUAUCUAUCUAUCUAUCUAUCUAUCUAUCUAUCUAUCUAUCUAUCUAUCUAUGCAUUUAUCUUAUAUAUCUCUCUCUCUCAGUCCGUUCAUGCAUGCAUCUCUAUCUAUCUAUCUAUCUAUCUAUCUAUCUAUCUAUCUAUCUAUCUAUCUAGCUAG